GUGGGCUGUCUAGAAAGGAGGAAUCAUGUAUGUGGACUUGGCCUUUGUAUGUUGCUAAAGUGCAGAUAUUUGGACUGACAAGAAUAAGUGUGAUGUUCUAAUUGUAGAACGGAGCCUUGAGGCCCACAGCUCCGAAUUUCCAAAACCCAAAACGAAGGCCCAACGCAGACAACAACUAAUUCCAUUUUACCGCCUCUUCAGCAUCAACAAAAAUGUUUUCAAGUAGCACUUCCUUUCCUUUGGGCGAAAUUUUCAAAUUGUCCCGCGGUUUUCCUCAGCAUUAGCACUCACUCCGUACUCCUUACAGCACCAUCAUCCCUCUCAGAUUUCACUUCACCAUCAUCCCUCUUUCGUACCUCUCUCUCUCUCUCUCUCUCUCUCUUGCUGUCUUAUCUCUCUCUCCAAGCCUCCAACUGCGUCUUGGAUCCACUACACACGCCGGUGGUGGGUUGGGGUUCCCCUCUCCGAUUUUCUUCAAAUUAAGCUCGUAAGAGAAGGGUGAAGACGCAAAAAUCAUGGGGAAGCAAGGCAAUCAUAAUAAUAAUAACAAUAGUAAUACGAGUGGCGGUGGUAGUUAUAGAUCGAGAAAAUCAGAAAACAUGACGAUUGGGAAAGGGAAGGUAACAGCAGUUCAGAUCGCAUUCAUCGUGGACCGCUACCUCUCCGACAACAACUACGCUCAGACCCGCUCAACUUUUCGCUCCGAAGCCUCCAACCUCAUCUCCAAAUCCUCCGUCCAAGAGGCUCCAAAGAGUUUGUUGAGUUUGGGGGCAAUGUUGGACGAGUACAUCUGUCUGAAAGAGCAGAAAGUGAGCUUGGAGCAAGAACGGUUCCGUAUGGAGCUAGAGAAAGUCCGGAUUCAUAAUCUGCUCAAGGGUCUCCAAGAUGCUAUGAAUGCUUUUAACGCCACUCCUCACGACCUUACCCCUGUCCCUCCGCUUCCUCGUCCUCCGCCUACAUUCCCCACAUCCAGGUUUAUACCUCCCAACACUGACCAGCCGCCUUUUGGCUCCCCACCUGGUGGUUACCAUUCUGCACACAAAUCCCCAGCAGUGAUCUCUACAUCCAAGCCCUCCAUCACAAGUGAAGACACCCCAAGCAUUUCGAGUGAUAUUAGGAAUCACCCUGUUAUAAAAAGAAAAGGCUCAAAAGAUGUCUCGGAUGCUACUGUUACCGCCAAGAGGUCUUGCAGAGGUUCAACCAACAAACAGUUGCUGCCUAAAGAUGCUAAAGGUCAUUCACAACCAAGCAUGGCAAAUAAUCAUCAAGUAAUUUCUCCGAAACACCCUGUGGCUCAAUCCCUACCUUGCCCCAAUAUGUUAAGGGGAUCACAGGUUGAAAGGUCUAAUGCUGUUGAAAGUUCACAUGUCGUCAAGUGUUUGUUUAACCAGGCUGCUCAAUCCCCAACAGCUAAUUCUUCUGGUCCUAAAACACCUCCCUUGGAAUCCUUCCCUCAAGCUGAGAAAUCUGCUUCCCCAUUGGAAAUUUGUUCGAUUACAACUUCCUGUAAGGAUGUAACUCCUCAACAAAUUACCUCCACUAAUUGCACGAUGAUAUCGUCGGAAACAAUUCGAGUCAGCCCCACCAAGCAAAUAUCGUACCAUUCAAUUUCAAGUAACCAACACAUUUAUACUUCCUCACCUGUUAAGGCAAAUUUAAAGAAGCCAAUCAAGAGGGAUCAUGUUAAGGGAAGGCUGGACUUUGAUGCUCCUGACAAGCAUACUGCUUCAGAGAAACCAGAUUGUAAUGACAUUCCAUCAUCUGAAUGUGUCAACGAAGCGGACAUUCUUGAUUUGGAUUUGCCUAGUUUAGAUGCCUUGGAAAAUAUUAACCUUUCUGAACUAUUAGUUGAUUUUGAUCUUGUUGAUGAGGAAACUAUUUAUUCUACUGAGCCAGCCGGUGAUUCCUCUCCUGACUCCACUUCAUGGUCACCAGGGAAAUCACAAAAAGUUAAUGUAGGUGCUAAUCAAGUAAUUACCCAGCUUUCCUCUACUGUAACAGAAAUCCUUGCAGAAAAGGACACAACUUUAUCAGGUCCGGAUUCUGUUACAACUGUUAAAUCUGUAACUAAAACCAUCAAGAUUUUAAGUCCUGGUAACUUCUUUAACUGGGUUGUGGCUUUUGUCUUUUCCCACAUUCUUGUCACAAGGCACAGAAUGGCUAAUAGUUUUCUUGUGAUAUGGCAGCCAAGGGUCACAGGAGCAGUUUGGAUGGGGAAAAUAUGCGUGCCAAAACCAGACUGGAAUAGGAUAAGAUGGACAAUUAAUUAGGCUGACUUGGUACCAGUGCAGCA